AGUUCAGCGGAAGUGAGGAGGAGUGUUCUGGUUCUAUUUAAACGCGCCAACAAAGGGUCAAGAACAACAAGCUGGCACUCGACGCUACUAAUUAACUAUUUAACGCUAUUUAAGUAGCUAGUUAAUUCAAUCAAACAAGCUACCUUUUACCCGUUUAAAUCGUUCUUGUUAGCAUGCCAGAAGAAACAGCAGCCUCGAGCUCAGGAAGUAUGGAAGAAAAACCUUGUUCAUCAACUGCUGUGCACAGCUCUGUUGACGUCAUGGAGGAAGCAAAAAAGUUGAUUGGCACAGGGAAGCGGCACUUGGUGAUGGGAGACGUAGUGUCCGCUGUAAACGUUUUCCAGGAGGCUUGUGGCAUGCUGGCUGAGAGGUAUGGAGACACAGCUGACGAGUGUGGAGAAGUGUUCUUCCUUUGCGGAAAGUCCCUCCUUGAGCUUGCCAGAAUGGAGAACACUGUUCUGGGGAAUGCAUUGGAGGGAGUUCCGGAAGAGUCUUCGGAGGAGGCGGAGAAGCAGGACAACCCCAAGUUCGAGAGCGCAGACAACCUUGACGGAGAAGAUGAUGAUGACGAUGAGGAUGAUGAUGAUGACGAAGAGGGUAAUGCUGAAGACAAGGGUGCUGAGGAGGAAGAAGUGGGGAACUUGCAGUUGGCUUGGGAGAUGUUGGAAGUUGCCAAGGUCAUCUUUAAAAGAAAGGAAAGCGAGGAGGAUCAGCUUAUGGCUGCACAGGCAUAUCUGAAGCUGGGAGAAGUUAGUGCAGAAUCUGGUAACUACCCCCAGGCCCUGGAGGACUUCCAGGACUGCCUGACCCUCCAGCUGAAGCACCUCCCUCCCCACAACCGCCUGCUGGCUGAGACCCACUACCAGCUGGGCAUGACCCUCUGUUACACGGGCCACUACAACCAGGCCAUCCAGCACUACGGAAGCUCCAUCAAGGUCAUCGAGAGCCGCCUGGCCAUGCUGCAGGAGGCCAUCGACAAGGCGGUCGGGGAGGAGGGAGCCAAGGAGGAGAGGAGCGAGCUGGACGAGCUCAAACUGUUGCUUCCAGACAUCGCAGAGAAGGUGGAGGAUGCCAAGGAGAGCCAGAGGACGUCCAGCUCUGCCUCCCAGGCCAUCCAGCAGACCCUGGGUGGGGCUUCUACGUCAUCAGCAUUCCCCGGUGAAAAUGGAGGACCGUCCUCUUCAGCGUUCGCACCCAGCCAGAUUGUCGCCAGGCCGGCUGAGAGCGCGUCGUCCUCCGUAUCCGACAUCUCCCACCUGGUCAGGAAAAAGAGGAAACCUGAAGAAGACAGCCCAAAAAAGGACACUGAUGCUAAAAAGGCCAAACAGGAAACCACAGUUAAUGGCAGCGGAGACUCCGCCAGCAACGGCAAGGGAGUCCCGGGGAAAGAGGCACAGGAGCCUGCAAAAUCAUCUACCUCUGUAGAGUCUUCGGCGUGAUGUCACUUCCUUGCCACUUCCUGAUCUUCCAGCCAGCAGAGCAUGUCAACUCCCUUCCUUCCCAUUGAACACUUUGUUUUUGUAAAUAAGAUCCAUUUUCACGACGUGUGUGUGUGUGUGCUGUUUUUGUAUACUUGUAGUAAAAAAAAAAAAUCAAUAAAGAGUAUUUGCAAACUUUAA